CCUCAUCCCAGUCGUGCGACCCAUAACGCUGUUCUCAGUAUCCACUAGCGUCUCUCGAAACGUGGUCGUGUGCUUCGCAAGUGGACACACGACUGUGAAACAAUCUGAUACCGAUUCAGAGGCAGGGAGACACGACAGGCAAGUUCGGAUCGGUCCUUGUAGACGCGAGGAUGGGUGCGCGUGCCCUCGUGCAUGCGAAGCAUCGCGGCUCAACCCUGCCCCUCCACCGCAUCAUUUGCCGAAAUGUCGUCAACGCCCUCACAUCUGACGCUUUCGCUCCCAGGCUUGACCUCGGCGUUAGCUAGAUCGAGCACGGCCAGCCGGAGCGUGGGCAAUGCCUGCUUUUCAAACAGCCCAGGAUGAUGAACAUCCCCAUCUCUACCAUCACAACGACUCUGAUAUUACUCAUCUCGCACAGUCUGUAACUACCCUCUCUCCCUUCUGAUUGCAGUCACAAUGCCAGCCUCUCAACUCGACCUGCCUCCUUGGAUCCCUCCCAAGCCCACUACGGCUACAGACCUCGAGUGGGCGCCGCUGAACACGCUCGACCUUUCACUCAUCAAGGGCGACAAUUUCGACGAGAUUCCCACAUCGCUCGUCGAGAACGUCGGACAGAGCUUCAACAGAGAUGGAUUCAUGUAUGCAGAAAACCAUGGCUGGAGCCACGAUCAGGUGUUGAGGCAGUUUGCCAUUGGACAAGCUGCUUUCAACAUCGUUUCGGACGAGGACAAGGUCAAGUACAAGGCUGAUAUGAUCAACAAGGGCUCCUUUGUCGGCUUCAAGCCCGCUGGUCACUGGAAGUCUGGCGAUGCGGCAGUCGCUGACAGGAUCGAGCAACUCAACUUUGGCACCCAAUCAUUUUCUCAAGAGGCUAGGCAGAGGCUGUACCCUCAAUCCAUUCAGCAUCUGAUCCCCGAGAUCGAUGACUUCAACCACUUCAACCACGAUGUCGUGCUGCGCAAGGUGCUCAACGUGCUGUCGCUGGUGCUGAAGCUGCCCGUUGACACGCUUUGGAACCUGUCGAACGACGCGUCUCAAGGUCUCGACCUGUUGCGAUACGCCCUCUACCACACCCCUGAGGAGAAGGACGACAAAGCUCUUGGUGGCGUUCGUCUGCAGGGUCACACCGACUUUAACAGCGUCUCCAUCUUGUGGUCACAACCCAUCACGUCCUUGGAAGUGCUCAUGCCAGACAACCAGUGGCGUCUCGUGAAGCAUCGCGACAACGCAAUCGUAUUGAAUUUGGGUGACGCCAUGCAGUUCUUGUCCGGAGGCUUCCUGAAGCCCACCAUUCACCGAGUCGUUGCACCUCCAGCUGAUCAAGCUCACUACGAGCGUCUCGGCGUCUUCUUCUUUGGCCUCUUCAACGAUAACGUUCCUCUCGAGCCUCUGACCGACAGUCCGAUUGUCCAGAAGGCUCUGGGCGGCAAGGAUCUCUGGGCAGAGACCCGGGCAGCAGGCAAGAACAUCCCCACUGCUGGCGAUUGGGAGCGCGAGCGCGUCCGUCGUUACGGCCAGGGAGGUGUGAAGAAGGGGAAGAAUGGCGAGGUGCACAAGCACGAGGAGUUUGCCGGUCAGAAGAUUUACGAGUACGGAGGACCUAGAGCUGGCGCUGCGCCAGCUCAGGCUGGCAUUUGAAUGCUCGCAACGGACUCUCGAUGCCUUGAACGUGUGGUAACUCAUCAUCUUCCCCAUGCUUCUCGCUUGACUCAUGACCUCAACUGUACCCCUAUGCACUUUAUUCGCACCCUCUCGACUGCAUCACUACUGCAAUGACAAAGCGCCUCAACCGCGUUUCUG